CGCGUCAGUUGGAGCGCGGCCAGCGACAACAGACCAACUCACGCGGACGCACAGCUAAGCUAGCUGCUCCUGCUACUGCCGCCAUGUUGCUGCAACCCACGCCGUCCACAGCCGCCGCGGGCGACGGCGGCGCAGCGCCCGGCCAGCAGCCGCCGCGGCCGGCGGACGUCGCCGACUACGCCGCGCCGUCGCUGGCCACGACGGAAGGCCGCCUGCGGACCUUCAGGCACGGCGACUGGCCAGUCAGCUUCCUGGCCGCCGAAGAGGUGGCGGCCGCCGGAUUCUACUUCCUGCGCCGUGGCGACGACGCGGUGAAGUGCUUCUACUGCGACGUCGUCAUCAACAAGUGGGAACCCAGCGACGACCCGUUGGCGGAGCACCGCAGGUGGUCUCCCCGGUGCCCGUUCCACAACUCGUCGCGGCGCGGCUGCGCCGACGCCGUCUCCUACGACUCGUGCAGCCCGUUCCAGCCGCCGGCGGCGCUGCAGUCGCGACCGCAGCCGAAAGCGACGGCGGUGCACGCGACGCGCCCCGCCUGGCCCCAGUACUGUGCGCGCGAGGCGAGGCUGGCUUCGUUCAAGGACUGGCCGCCCGCCAUCCCCGUGAAGCCCUCGGCGCUCUGCGAGGCGGGCUUCUUCUACUCGGGCAGCGGCGACCGCACCGUCUGCUACUACUGCGGCAGGGGGCUGCGCGACUGGGAGGCCAGCGACGACCCCUGGGUGGAGCACGAGCUCUGGUUCCCCGGCUGCUGGCACGUGCGGCUGCACCGCGGCAACGACUUCGUCAACGAGAUCGCUCGGAAGAGGGACGCCUUGAUCGCCGCCAAAAGGGAUCCCCACCAAUCUGCGACCGCCGUACGGGCCGAAAGCUCCGAGUCGCAACCGCGACAAGAGACACCGGGCAGCCGCGUCGAGGAGACGGAAAACGGUGCCACCGAAGAGAAGCGUCUCUGCAAAAUAUGCUUCGAGAAGGAAAUGGGCGUCGUGUUCCUGCCCUGUGGGCACAUCGUGGCCUGCGUCGACUGCGCCUUGUCAGUCGCAGAUUGUCCCGUCUGCCGCCAACCCUUCCAGAACACGGCCAGAGUCUACUUACCGUGAUGGACCCCGGUACGAGUAGAAAAAAAGCACUGAGUCCCGCGACAUCUGGGUCUCAGCUUACCAGCCCGCCAGAUAUCGACCGAGGGUCGACUGCUGGCGUCUACACAUCGACUACUGUCUCGCAGCGGGUGGAACCGAAGCGUCUCGGAGAGGCCGGGUAUCUCCAGUAAGAACGGGAGCAGCGAGACCUAUAAUAUCGCGGUCUCACCUUACCGAUCGGCCAGAUAUCGACCUAGAGUCAACGACUGGCGACCACACAUUAAUUCCGUCUCACAGUGUGUGACAACAAGGCUGCUCCGAGGCGUCAACUGCUGCAAAGUAGAAGGGUCGGAGUGAGACCAUCUUCAGAUACCUACAGGUUGCUCUAUAAUCGUUUAUUUCUCACACUUGACACAUUUCGGGCCAAAAUCAUUUUCAGUAGUUUUUGUGAUAAAAUUAAUGAACAUAACGUACGUUAGCCUGGUAACCUCAUCUUACAAGAAGUUGUGAGCUGAUCGAAUGAAAUUAUGUCGUUCUGUUUUCGUUCAUCUUCUAGUUCCUCUCCUUGUGAAAGGUGUGAAAUGCAGAACCACAGAAGAAGCCUAGCUUUUCAUUUCCUCUCCGUUUUCCCAUAUAUGUAUAUAUAAAACUUGGAGCCCAUCCUCUGAUAACCACAGUUGUUGAAAACAUACUUUGCCCAAACACUUCUUCAGUGUGAGAAAUAAAAGCUUAUAAUGCAGCCGCAUGUGGUGUCAUGCAAAUAUUUUCUAAUAGCUAGGAGGCAUGAGCUUUACGAAAAUAAGAAGCAGGUUCUCCACAGUGAGAAGAAAGCUUUUUUAUUACACCUUUUUAUCCUGUAGGGCGCCAUCUACCGGCCUUCUAACAGUUUCAUCUGCAGCCUGAUAGACAUCUUGAAAUGUCAAAUAUCUUUAAGAUUCUGUACAGCAUUUCGACUUGUAAUUAGAAACUAGCAAAUACCGCCUCGCCUUAUGAAAAUUCUGACAGGUAGAAUCACAAAAGAACUUUGUUAUUUGGUGUCUAUUGAACUGCAGAUAUGAAGAUAAUGCUCCAAGGCUGUACAAUUUGUGCCACAGAAAUUCACGCUUUUACGUUUUUAUACUUCUUUACCAUUCAAAUUUAUAUGCAUUCUUUCUUCUUCUUAUUUGAUGUUCCCCUUCCAUUUGAUACCCUUAACUUCAUUGCCUUCAGGGAAUAUUUUUUAAAUAUCUCUUACAAGUUUCCUGUAGCCAUUUCCCCUAUGUAAUGCAAAAGAAAUACUGCGAUGUUACUUCUGAAGGACUGAUUUCCUUCUUUUUUUUACUUUUCCAGUAAUUAUCGAUCAUCCAAGCAGAAAAUGACCACAAAUGCAGCUUAUAAACAUACAAACAAAUCAAUAAGACUGUUUGAUUGCUGAAAACACUCUUCAUGUAAAACAUAAACUCUGUCCAUAGGCCUUAGCGGGCCUACUGGUACAGAACAAACAUGUCACCCUCCCUAAUCGCGUCAUUGGAUGCAGUAUAGAGGGUCGUGGGCUCAGUACACUGCUUACUCGGCUGCUGUCAGUUUUUGUGACCCAGAGCCACUACUACCCAGUCAAGUAGCUCCUCAAUUGGCGUCACCGGUCUGAGAGCCCUUGUUUGAGUCCUUCCGCCAAGGAAAAUCCUUGGCAUUACAAGGAAUCGAACCUGGGUUCUUUGCAUGGCAGAACAAACAUGUCACCCUCCCUAAUCGCGUCAUUGGAUGCAGUAUAGAGGGUCGUGGGCUCAGUACACUGCUUACUCGGCUGCUGUCAGUUUUUGUGACCCAGAGCCACUACUACCCAGUCAAGUAGCUCCUCAAUUGGCGUCACCGGGCUGAGAGCCCUUGUUUGAGUCCUUCCGCCAAGGAAAAUCCUUGGCAUUACAAGGAAUCGAACCUGGUUUCUUUGCAUGGCAAUUGACAGUACUGACCAUUCACCUAUGUAGUUGGACGCAUGCAGUAUUGUCCCUACAAUCAUUGAUCUUGUCUGAAACACUGCUUUACACGCAUUUAGAGUUCCUGUCGUUACACUUCCUAGUAUUUCUUACAUUAACAUAGUAGGUACAGUUUACACUUCAUAAUUUUCAGCAGAAAUACCCAUGCCUUCAGUAAAUAGUGAUCUUCUGCAGUGCAAAUUGUAAGCUUUGACAAGCUAAAUUAAGUAUACCUCCAGGUACCUUAAUAACAAGAAACAUGUAGGUUCAUGUUUUCUUUUUUUUUAGUUAUCUAUUGCCUUGGUGCUAGAUAAAAUAAAAUCAUAUUCAUAACUUGAAAUGCAAACAUGUCAAUAUUCUAUGAUAUUUUAUCAGGACAUGAAGCAUCUUUCAGGAUAUUAAGCAUUGUUUCCUUGUAGGAAGACUGAUAAUUCAUUAAGAUUCUAAUUCAAUCAAUCUUUACCUGAACAUGCAUGUAAAAACCGAAGACCAAUUUGGAAUCUAACAGAUUACUGGUAAAUAUGCAAACGUAAAUGAUAAAUCAACAGUAAAACAUUAUAUUUGUGUCUUAUUGGUCACUUGAAUAUUGUACCUGAAAUGCAUAUAUUAAACAUAUUUUUACAUAAUUCUCAAAACUUUACUUUGUCUUUUUAUUUCUAUUUAUUUGAUAAAAAAUAGGCUUCAAAUGUUAGUUCCUAUAAUAGCAUGGUGUGUGCUAUAUUAAAGUGCAUCUAGAAAAUUCUGAAUUUGUGAUGAAUGUCACAAUACUUCCUUCAUAGUAAAUAUCAAAUUUUGCAAGUUAUUAAUCCAGUCAUGAAUGUUCUUUAUUUGAUGUAGACAUCUAUACCUUCACACUUGAAGUAGUACUGAAACUUCUCUGAUGUGGGGUCUGAACAUAUAGUUGUUGCCAUUGGUGAGGUGUAUAUAAAUCUCCUAUAACCAUAUUGCUUCAGUAUUAAACAUUAAUUUUGCGUUCCCAAUUUCAUCUAAAUAUUUUUCUUGAGAUGAUGUCGGAUCAACAUUGUAUUUCUUUGUAAAGAGAAACAUAUAAAUGAUCUUACUUGUAACAUACCUGUACAUGCACAUAUGCAGCAUCUAUUUGAUUAAAUAUAUUGUUGCAGUAUCAAAUGCAUGGUGUCAGUACUCCACAGAAUGCAAGUAUAAUUUGCUGUUUUUGUGUACUCAACAGAAUGGAGACAUAAUUUAUUACCAAUAAGUGACAAAUGCUUUGCACAACAUAUUAGCAUUAUAAGAUAGGUUUGUUGGCUUUUGUCAAGUAGCAUAGUACAUAGGAACAUUACUUACAGUACUACAUGACACAACUGGUUACCAGUAAAAACAAUGUCUGUAGUAUCUCAUUUUUCUUGAAUAGUGUAUGUUGUCUAUUUUUCAGUCACAUAUAAAAUGGGCAAAACGACACAUAACUUUAAAUACUUCUCUAAUGACAAAUAGAUAAGUAAAAGGGUCUAUAAUAUCGGUGAUACUGUUAUCACUUUACAUGUAAGUACAAGAAAUAGUUAGUUAUUGGGUGCCUUGAUUUUUACUUUCUUGUCAUUGUCGCAAACAUCAUACCUGUUAUUACUUUGAAGAAUGUAACAGUAAUUUCCUUUUGAAAAUUUGACAAUUUUCUGAGUUUACUGUUAAAGAAUACACUAAAAUGUGUAACAGUUUUAUGUUAUAUUUUAUGUUGAUAGUCACAUAACAGUGCAUCAAGAAAUGUAAUAUAUUUGGAUUUUCUCUUGCUUGUAAAAUAUUUUUUACCUGUGUCAAAUAAAAUAUCCAAAUAUAUAUAUUUUUUAACAAAAGAAAAUAAAUUGUAAUGCUUUAAUUCUACAAGCUCAAUUUCACAUAUGGUUUGAUAUUACCUUUCAAAAGUAUUAAUUGAUGUUAUUUACAUUGGUUCAUGAAGGAGGUAUUCUGAAUUCCCUUUUAUUGCAGCAAUAUACCAGUUUAUUCAUAUAGUUUAAACCCACAAAGAAAUAUAUUUAUCUGCAAGAAAUCUCGUAGAUACCAGUUACCCUUUCAAGCAGAAAAGGCGCUUGCACAUAACCUUACAUUUCCAAAUUUCAGUACAGCUUAAAUAGUAGCAUGGACAGAAGAGCUCAGAUAUAUGUGCCAUGUACUGAGAUACAUUCAGGUAGUUACAUGGUAGGUUAAUGUUCUUGAUAUAGGUCCAGUCCAGCUCACUGGAACAACUUGAUGCUUUAAACUGUUCUGACUGAAGCGAAUUUAAAGUUCAUUACAAUUUUCAAUUGAGGAGCAGUAUGUCUCUACAUCACUUUUGAGUGAUUGGUAGUUAGUGCCAUAGUAAACUACAAUAUUCUGUACUAGUGUCUUGUAUAUUAAACAUGUUGUUGUGGUCUUCAUUGAUCUUAUAUACAAACUUUCAUAAUUUUUCUUCUUCAAAAUCUGAGUAAAUUCUGAUUUUGUUAAUUAAUUUUCAAAAUAAACAAAUAAAUUUGUAGAACAGCUGUCAAAUAUUCUCUGUUAAAAUUCAUAAGGUUUUAUUUCAUAUUGUUUCCCUAUUUUUUUGUGUGAGUUCAGAAUAUCUCUUCAAAAGUACUGCAGUUACUUACUGGGAAAAAAAAUCUGUUGACAUUUACUUAGAUUCAUAUUAUUUUCUCUUUUCUGCAAGAUCAUACUUAGAUACUGGCAAACAGUAAGCAGAGACCGAUCAUUGAGAUGUGAAGAACACCAUGAAAUAUCGUUUUAUUGACCACUUAUAUAAUGUAGGUUUAUAAUCUUUAAUUGAAAACAUAAAUAAACUAUUUUACAAUA